CACAGAUUUAAAGUUGUUUGUAGAAGAAACAAGAGUAAUCAGGAAUUUUCACUCAGCAAGUGUUUAGCACCUUGAAUGUACAGCUUAAGGUUACGACAGGUGGAGGCAGGUAAAAUUGAGGCAUUCAAAAACGGAUUAGAUGGUUGUUUGAAAGAGAAACAAAUGUCUAGAGCUCUGGUGGGAAGUAGAAGAACAGCACGAAGUGCUCGUGUCGAGAACCGUCAUAAACUGGAUGGGCUGAAGUGGACUCUGUACUGUAAAGAUUUCCAAAAUUCUCAACACAGAAGAUGUGCUACUCAAUUACACCAGACUCUGUCUCAAAUAGUUAUCAGUACAAUUUUUGGGCCGCUGUCUCCACAACAACAAGGAACAAAUCCCAAUGCAAUGAGUAGGACAGGCCGUGGUAGUUUUCCUGCCCAACAUUCCGAAUGACGUAACCCACCCUUGUCCCAACAACUGGAGAGCAGUGCGCAGGCGCAGACAUCGUUCGUGAAUUGAGCGUGCUCGGAGUGCUCAAUGGUUGCGGACUGAGUUUCAUUUCUUGGCUCCGAAAACGUAAUUAAAUGAGGCGCGGAAGAGAGUGGUGAUAGAUACGGCGGAUGGACGGACAGGAUUCUUAAAGAUCGUAUGUGAGCUACAAACCCCGAAUAAGAAUCUCCCGGUCCCCCGUUUGUUCCGACUGGGACAACGUUUCCAGGCUUGUUCCCAGUGACAGGCCCCGGCCUGACGGCCGCCAUCUUUAUUGGGGGCACUGGCAGCGGGGCCGCCGUCUCUGUAGGGGGCAUUGUUUGCACAGACGGGGCUGAAAUUGUUGCCCAUUGUUCAGAAUGGACACAACUUGUCCAUCAAGUUGCGUUAGCCUUUCACACCCAAUGUCUUAUUGAUGAGGCAGAGCGGUGGCACAUAGAGAGAGAAAAAAAAGAAGAUCCUGCUUCUGGAUUCCAUGAGAUGUCUUGCCCAAAGAUCCUUGGCUGUAUUCAGUCAUAUGAAGACCCAGGACAGAAACUCCACCUGUGUCGAUGUCAGCCUUGAAUCGAGAGACUGCUGACCACUACGUGUGCAGCAUGGACCAUGUGGUCAACCUUGGCAAGGAGGAGGGGAUGUUGUGAAUUUGUAUCCUAUAUUGACUGGGAUAGAGUUUUGAAAUCCCUUUUCCUGGGCGUUAGAAGAGGAGGAUUUACACAAUUCAAACGCAGACCAAGUGAAAUGCUUGUCUCUUCUGAAUGUCGAUCUCUGACUUACUGCUUGAUUUUGUAAACUUCUUGCAGGACAUUUGAAGAGGAUGUGCAGUAACAUCACCUACUCCUUGGAUAAUUCCUGAACUCUGAGAUUUUUUUCUCUGACUUCACUUCUUCUGAUAGCUUUCUAGCUGCAGGCUCCAAUAGGGGAUUUUCAAAAUAAAAUAACUGUUUCAAAGGGGCAAGAGUCUGGUGUAAGUCCCAACUGGGCUGUAGGUUCCCUUUUGUGAAGGACACUGAUGAACCGGUUUGGUUUUUCUGACAAUCAGCAGCCUUCAUGGUCAUGAGUUCUGGUGCGUACCAGAGUCAUUCAGCAGAGUUUCACAACCAACAUUUGUGUUUUCGUGGAUUUUCUGUCACUGUCAGCUUUCUGUUUCAAAACAGUUUCACAGGACGUUGAAGAGAGGACUUGAGGUGAGAAAAGUCAAACCCAAAUCAUAUAAGGGCCUGAUGAAGUCACCCAAUUUGUUGCAACCUUAAGACCAUCGGAUUUUAAACAUGGAAGGAAUCAGCACCGUUCAGUGCGGGGAGGAAUCCGAUUCGUGUUACGUGUGGGGGCCAGGUUUCAGCCAAUCGCCUGGCCUGUCAGAAAAUGACUGCGACCACAGCGGGGGUAAACCAUGGAAAUGUGGAGACUGCGGGAAGGGAUUCAAAUCCCCGUCUGAGCUGGAUACUCAUCAGCGCAGUCACACAGGGGAGAGGCCUUUCACCUGCUCUGAGUGUGGAAAAGGUUUCUCUCAAUUAUCCACCCUGAAGACACACCAGCGAGUUCACACUGGGGAGAGACCGUUUACAUGUUCUGACUGCGGGAAGGGUUUCACCCAGUCCUCCGCCCUGCAGACACACCAGCGAGUUCACACUGGGGAGAGACCGUUCAUCUGCUCCGACUGUGGGAAGUCGUGCUCUCAGUUAACAAAUCUCCUCGCACACCAACGCGUUCACACUAACGAGAGACCUUUUAAGUGCCCAGACUGUGGGAAAUGCUUUAAAAGUUCUGGGGAACUGAUGCGCCAUCAACGACUCCACACUGACGAGAGACCAUUCAGGUGCUCUCACUGUGGGACUGGCUUCAAGCGAUCGUCUCAACUCACUGUCCACCAGCGAAUUCACACUGAGGAGAGGCCAUUCACAUGCACCGAAUGUGGGACAAGAUUCACUCGGUCAUCCCAUCUGCUGACCCACCAGCGAGUUCACUCCGGAGGGAGACUGUUCACCUGCUUGGAGUGUGGAAAGGGAUUCACUCGUUCAUCCAUCCUGGUGAUACAUCGGCGUACUCACACUGGGGAAAGGCCGUUCACGUGUUCUGAGUGUGGGAAGGGAUUCAUUAAUUCGUCCAACCUGCUGAGACACCAGCGACGUGUUCACACUGGAGAGAGACCAUUCAUUUGUUCCAUGUGUGGGAAGGGAUUCACCCGAUCAUCCCACCUAGUAACACACAAGCGGGUUCACACUGGGGAGCGACCUUUUAAAUGCCCAGAUUGUGAGAAGUGCUUUAAAAGAUCCGACGAACUGGUGUACCAUCAACGGGUUCACGCUGAUGAGAGACCAUUCAGGUGCCCUCACUGUGGGACUGGCUUCAGGCGAUCAUCUGACCUUGCCAUACACCAGCGAAUCCACACUGGGGAGAGGCCAUUCUCCUGCUCUGAGUGUGGGAAGGGAUUCACUCGGUCAACCCACUUGCUGACACAUCAGCGUGUUCACACUGGGGAGAGACCCUUUAUAUGUCCAGACUGUGAGAAAUGCUUUAAAAGUUCUGCAGAACUGAUUUACCAUCAACGUGUUCACACUGAUGAAAGACCGUUCAGGUGCUCUCACUGCGGGUCUGGGUUCAGGGGAUCAUCUCAACUCAGUGAGCACCAGCGAAUUCACACCGGGGAGAAGCCAUUCACUUGCUCCGAGUGUGGAAAGAGAUUCACACACUCAUCCAACCUGGUGUUACACAAGCGAGUUCACACUGGCGAGAGACCAUUCACUUGCCCUGAGUGCGGGAGGGGAUUCACUCGAUCAUCCCACCUGCUGAGACACCAGCAGGUUCACAACAUGGAGAGUGACCUGGUAAAUGUUAACACUGUGGGCAGCGCUUUAACAGGUCAAAUGAACUAAUGCCCUGUCAGGAUGUUCACUGAUGCGAAAGUGUUUGGUCCUCUCGCCAUGGAGCUGAGUUUAGGCAAUCACAGGACCUCACAAAACACCAGCUGACUUCUGCGGAAUGAUCAUUUACAUAGGAGUCUCUUGUUUAUCAGCAAGUUCACCAGUGACAGCAGAGAUUGGAUUGUUAAUCACAUCAAAGACUGAACUGUGUUCAUUCUGACAGUGAGGGUUUGUUUCUGAUCUCAUUAGCUAAUGGUGCCCCACAACAUCUCUUAUUUGUGUGUGAAUAGACUAUUAUGUCUUCAAACAUCAUUUUGACAUUUAAAUUCUCCAGGAUAAAUAUUGAACUGUCAGUGAAUAAUAAGCAGAUCACAGUCGUCCUGUAGCUCAAUACUGACAGGAGAGAAUCUGUUCUGUAAUUUGAGAAUGAGGCUGGUGUAAGCUCUGAAUGUUGGCAAUUUGAUAGAUAGGCUGUUCAAAACUGUUAACCUGUCAGAUUUCGAAGGAAUCCUCUUAAAGUCUAAUUAAUUGUAACUCACUGACUAGCCUGCAGCACUUUUGUUCCUUGUUUUGUGAAGUUACUCUCCCCUUUAUUGCUGAACUGUGAUUUCAUUUACACAUUGGGGAGAGGCCAUUUAUCUGCUUGCGUAUAGGAAGGGAUUUAGUCAAGCAUCCAACCUGCUGAGACACCAGCGAGUUCACUAGUAACAGCAAAGUUUGGAUUCUGUUGUUAUUGCUGCCCUGUGAACUGAACUAUUUUCAUUCUGACAGUGGGGCUUUAUUUCUGAUGUCAGUUGCCCCUUUAGAAUUAGCAUGACACCCCAACAUCUCUCAUUCUUACGUCAGCAGAGCAUUCUCUCUCCAAAUCUCAUUUUAAAAUUUAAAUUCAGAACUGUAUUGAACUGAAGAUGAACAAUGGACCAAUCACAGUCUAGAUUUGCAGCUGUAUAUUAACAGGAUUGACUCCAUUCUGUAUCUGUCGGAUGAAGCUGUGAAAGCUCUGUAUGUUGCUAUCAUAAGCUAUUUGACAGAAGGGCUGUUCAAAGCUGAUAACAUGUCAUAUAAUGUCUUCAUCCAAUUAUUUUAAGCUGCUUCACAAAUGACCUUUCCUGCAUCACAAGGUUCAAGGGAUGGAUGUUCACUAAUGGUUGGACAUCAUUGUGAUGGUUCAGCAGUAUUUGCAACUCCUCAGAAACUGAAGCAGCCCGUGUCUAAAUGUAGCAAGACUUAGACAACACACAGGUUUGGAUGGGUAUGUGGGAAAUAACAUUUUCACCACACAAAUGUCAAGCAUUGACUACCUCUAACAAAAAAUGAACACAAUCAUUGUUUUUCUACAUUCAAUGGCAUUACCAUUGCUGAAUCCCUCACUAUGAACAUCUUGGUGCUUAUUAUUGACCAGAAACUGAAUGGA